UAUUAAGUGCACUGUUUUAAUUUGAAUUUGAGAAGCCUAGACUCAAACUGUAUAAAUUUGAAAGAUGAAUGUGUUUAGAAAACAAGUUUCCUCCUCUCGUGGUGAAUACAGGAGAUCUCUCUCAGACUCAGCUCAUAGUGCUAGGAAUCCCAACAGUCUGAAUGCUUAUCAGUGGCGCACAACUUCAAAACCAAAAUGGAAAAUUUACAAGCGGGCCCACUCAGAACAUUUGAAACCAACAAAUGCUUAUAAAUGGCACUCAGCCUCAAAUUUUUCAUGGACCACUAGCAGACAGAUUUUUUCUGACUUGGAUAACACCAGUUCUUCAGACCAGGAUCAGCUAAAAUCAGCUAAGCCUCAUCUUAAAUACACUGGAUCAGAUGAUAUUCUGGAACAGUCUCCUGCUCAGUUGGUGAAAGCAAAUGCCAAACUGACAACAGCCCCAUAUCACAGAUCGAUUUCUGAACCUGGUUGCUCUUCGCACAUUGAGAAGCCACCUUUGAGACAAGUCCACUCAGACGCUGAGCAGAGAAUUGAUUUUAUGCGUGGUUUCUUCACUACUGUAUCGAACCGACUUUCAAAACUGUUGAGGCACAAAGAAGAACCAGAUGUGGAUUCAGUGCAGGAAGAUGUGAAAGGGCCCCCAACACACAGACUGUCAUGUGGUCAGUCUCCAUACACGGAAACAGCCUGGGAUCAGAAAUAUUGCAUGCUGACUGAUAACCAAAUGAUCCUUCUGAAUAAGGAAGAGGAGGUGAGUGUUGACAUAUUGCAAGACCAGCAAAUGGAGUCCUCAAAAGGACGAAUGCUACGGCGCACCGUCAGUGUUCCAUCUGAGGGACAGUUCCCAGACUAUCAGCAGGAUGGAAGCAGUAAACUGGAACCCACUGGAGAACGCUCCCCACGUCGGAGAAGUAUUUCAGGCCCAGGAUCGUCUGAGAAGGCAAACGGAAUGGAGGAUUCCACAUCCCCAUUCAAGGGUUUUUUCAGCAAACGAUUAAAGGGCUCUAUUAAACGAACAAAGAGCCAGCCAAAGCUUGACCGCAAUACCAGCUUCCGCCAGAUACUACCAUCACUCAGGAAUUCUGACAAUGACCGGUCCCGUGCUUUACCAAAAUUGAAAGAAUCUCGUUCUCAUGAGUCGUUGCUGAGUCCUGGAAGUGCGGUUGAAUCUUUGGAAUUAAGUAUGGAGCAAGAUGUUUUCGUUAAACCUUUGCACAGUAGUAUCCUUGGGCAAGACUUCUGCUUUGAGGAUUUCCUUACAGACUUGGUAAUGUCUGAAGUGGACCGAUGUGGGGAACAUGAUGUUCUCCUCUUCAGGGAAAACACUUUGGCAACCAAAGCAAUUGAGGAGUAUUUGAAGCUUGUUGGUCAGAAGUAUCUCCAUGAUGCUUUAGGAGAGUUCAUAAAGGCACUAUACGAAUCAGAUGAAAAUUGUGAAGUGGACCAGAGUAAAUGUUCAUCCAGUGAGCUACCAGAACAUCAGAGUAACCUCAAGAUGUGUUGUGAACUGGCAUUCUGCAAAAUCAUCAACUCCUACUGUGUAUUUCCACGUGAGCUAAAAGAAGUUUUUGCCUCAUGGAAACAGCAGUGUUUAAACCGUGGGAAACACGAUAUCAGUGAGCGCCUAAUCAGUGCCUCACUUUUCCUGCGUUUCCUUUGCCCUGCCAUUAUGUCGCCCAGUCUGUUUGGCCUGAUGCAGGAGUACCCAGAUGAUCGAACAUCUCGCACGCUCACCCUCAUCGCCAAAGUCAUCCAGAAUCUUGCCAAUUUCACAAAGUUUGGGAAUAAAGAGGAAUACAUGGCGUUUAUGAAUGAUUUUCUGGAACACGAGUGGAGUGGGAUGAAACGUUUUCUGGUUGAAAUCUCAAACCCAGACACCAUUUCUAACACACCAGGGUUUGAAGGAUAUAUUGACCUUGGACGUGAGCUCUCUGUCCUGCAUUCACUGCUCUGGGAGGUGGUGUCACAGCUUGACAAGGGUGAAAAUUCAUUUCUACAGGCAACAGUUGCGAAGCUUGGUCCACUCCCACGCAUUCUCAGCGAUAUCACCAAAUCACUAACUAGCCCUACACCAAUUCAGCAGCAGGUCCGCCGAUUUGGGGACCACAUCAGCUCAUCCCCAAAUGUGAGUGGCAGUGUGUCAUCAGGACUGCAACGGAUAUUUGAAGACCCCAGUGACAGUGAUGUGCAGAAACUGCAGUCUCCAACUCAAGAGAAUGUUGAAGCAUUUCUCCACACCAAGCAGCACUUUCCAAGCCAACCGACCUCAACACAAAGCAUGACUUACUCUGACAGGGAUGAAGACGAAUCCAUUCUACAUAAUGGCAGGAGUGUAUCACUUGUGGAUCUGCAGAACACUGCAGUGACUCAAGGGACAAGUAGCGUUCCAGUUCUUUCUACUGUAUCUGGGCAACAUACUGGCAGCCAGGCCUUAAGUACCCAUAAUGCAAACAUCAAGCAACUCCAAGACGUACAGAGAGGGGCACACAGUGUUCCUCAGAUCCGCCGGCCUCUACAUCCAGCUCUGACCCAGCAGAGCAGCCUGCAACCUCUGUCUUUCCAAAACCCCGUCUAUCAGCUAAACAAUCCACCAGUCGGAAGCAGUAAAGCUGGCAUGGACUCUAGUUCAGAGAACCUAAGCUCAACAAGCUCCCGGAGCCACACCAAUAGUGAGGAGCUAAUCAGCAAACUGAGUGGCCCCAGUAAUAGCAGCAUAGAGGACUUUGCUAAACGCAGUGCAUACAGUGAUGAUUACUCCAAGCGAAACACCAUGCCAGACAGGAGCAAUCUUCCAGUGGCACUACCUCGACAGAAUAGCAUUGGGCAUUCACAGCUCCGCAGGACAGAGCUGUCAGCUCACAACAGCCGAGUGAAAGCACCUCAUUCAUUACCACUUAGUGGAUCGCAGAGAAGUGCAGGUAGCAUGUCAGGAUUACCAUCUACAUCACCUGAGCCACCACAAACUGAAAACAGGUCACGGCAACCAUCAACCUCAUCAAAAGGGGAAAGUCCUGUGCCAAAAGUACGAGCAAUACAUAGACAGCAGCAGUCGCAACAGGUCCAGUCACCAGUGGAGACUGCUACCAUGUCACCAGUUGAGAGAACAGCUGCUUGGGUUCUAAAUAAUGGACAAUAUUUGGAAGAUGAUGAAACAGAACAAAUCCGUGAGGAGAAUAAACAUGCAGAGAGGUAUGAGCAAGAGAUCGCGAAGCUAAAGGAUCGAUUGAAGGUGUCAAGUCGGAGACUGGAGGAAUAUGAGCGCCGCUUACUCGCCCAGGAGCAGCAGAUGCAGAAGCUCCUGCUUGAGUACAAGUCCAGGCUGGAAGAUAGUGAAGAGAGGCUUAGGAGGCAGCAAGAGGAGAAAGAUAGCCAGAUGAAAACUAUCAUCAGCAGAUUGAUGGCAGUGGAAGAAGAGCUGAAGAAAGACCACUCAGAAAUGCAGGCAGUGAUUGAUGCAAAACAGAAGAUUAUUGAAGCCCAGGUCAAUUUUGAGGAUGGGAUGAGCACAACAGGAGAAACGAAUCACCUCCCUGGACUCUGCCAACUCUCGGCUGAUGAAUGCUCUAACACAGGUCAAGGAACGUUACAGCAUGCAAACUCGGAACGGGAUCUCUCCCACAAAUCCCACCAAACUGUCAAUAACAGAGAACGGGGAGUUCAAGAACAGCAGCUGUUGAGUGGGAGUCCGAAUGUUUCUGACCAGACGCACAUGGACUGAGUUUUCUGAAUUCACUCUUGAGGAGUUGUUUACAGGUGCUGCUAGGACAUUUUUCAUGCUUCAGAUCAUGAGAGAUUAUUCACAGGACAAUGCCUAAUAUCAUCAUUGUACACUCUGCAAAAGUCUUACUCCACUGUGGAGAACUGUUUGAAACCUGUACAGAAAUGAACUGUAAAAUUAUAAUGGGGUAAAUAAUUACUUGUAGAAUUUAAAGUAACUUUUUUUAAUUAUAUCUGUUAGAACUCCUGCUUUGAAAGUUGUUGCAAAAGAAAGAGUAGAAAAUGGAACAUUUAUUUUACAAGAAGUGGAAUUUUCAUGUGUUGUGUAAUUUGAACUUAAAUUCUCUGACUAGCGGUGUACAUAUUUAACUGAGAAGCACAUAGAAAGGAGGUAGUCUGUAUAAAUAGUAGGAGUAUCUAAAGAGACUGGGACUUGGAUUGUUGUAUUGCAGGUUGGCUACUUUCAAGAUAAAACAUCCUGUAUUAAUUGGGUUCCCAGCCAAAGAUAUUUUACAAGUGGUUUUAUUUGGCUGAGGAAUUUGACAUGAACAAAAGGAAGCUAUAAAUCACAACAUCUUAGAAGUUAUUGUUUUCAACUCACACUUUUAUCAAGUUGAAAAAUAUUCAUCAAUAUGACCAUUGAAGAAAUCUUUUAAAAGACAUUGUUAUUUUACUGAACUGUAGCUUACUGUACAUAGUAAGAAAUUGCCAUGAGUGAUUCUGUGUGUGUGUGUAUGUGUGUAAGAGAGUGUGUGAGAGAGAGAGAGUUAGAGACACAGCGACAGAGUGAGUGAGAGAACAAGACAGAGACAACUAAUUUCUGUGGUUGUACAAAAUGUGGUUUCCUGGAAAAAGCAACUGAAUGUAGGAAAAUGAUGAUGCUGCCACACUAGACAAAGGGAACAGUAGUAAUGCCGAGCACGAACUUCAAGCACGCUUUUCUUUCUUAAACCCAUUCAUUUUUUGCAUGUAUCUCAACUGUGUUAACCCAAAGCAUCUUAUAACUUUAUUAGAGUAACAUUAUGCCAAAUUCCUACCAGCCUAACCAAUUUGAAUGUCUCCUGGAGCUGUUUUGUAGGAAUGUUAAAACUGAAACGUGCACCUGUCUUCCCUGCAACUGCAUUCAGAUUUCCAGUGGUUGUUGCUGUUGCGUUUGUUUAUUGAAGGUGUGAAGGUUGAAGAUGGAUUUAAUCCAAAACCAUUGACUCAGUUUUAAUGAGAACUGUUAGAACAGAACAAAGAAAAUAAAAUAAUUUGCAAAAACAUA